UGUUGCUUGCUGCUGCUGUUGUUGCCAUAAUGGCGGCUGUGAACCCUUCCCAAGCGCUGGAGGAGGAGCUGUUCUGCUCUAUAUGCUUGGAUUACUUCAUGGAGCCGGUGAUCCUGAACUGCGAGCACAACUUUUGCAGAGCCUGCAUCACUAGGACUUGGGAAGGCCUAGGAGACAGCUUCCCUUGCCCACAAUGCCGAAAGAGGUCUCGCAAAGGGAAACUCAGGAGGAACACCCAGCUGGGGAAGGUAGCAGAGAGGGCCAAGGAACUGGCCUCGGUUACAGGCCCCACAAGGGCUUCUCCUGACUUGGCUUCACGGUCUAGCAGCAAGCCAGAGGCCACCACCAGCGCCAGAGAAGUGUGCAAGAAGCACCUGGAGGCUCUGAAGUUGUUCUGCAUGGAGGAUCAUGCCUUGAUCUGUGUCGUUUGUGACAGAUCUCAGGAGCACAAAGGCCACAGGGUGGUCCCUGUAGAGGAGGCAGCCCAGGAGUGCAAGGCACAGCUUCUGAACCACCUGGAGGUACUCAAAAGUGAGAAGGACAACAGGGAGUUACUUGCACGAAACAAAGGGAAGAGACUGGAGAUGCUGAUAGGCCGUGCAGAAGCUGAGAGAGCGCGAACAGCCCAUAUGUUCCAGAAGCUAAAGAAGAUCCUGCAGGACAGGGAAAACCACGUGCUCUGGGGGCUUGCAAAAGUGACCAGUGACCUGACAAAAAUGCAGCAGGAGAACCACAGCAGGGCCCAGCAGGGAGCACCACUCCUUCGAGGGCUGAUAGCUGAACUGGAGCAGAAGUGUCAGCAGCCGGAUACAGAACUUCUUAAGGAUUUUGCAAGUCUCUUGAAGAGGUCUAAAAAUUGGACAUUUCCAAAAUGGGUUCCAGUGUCUACCACUGAACUGGAAGAGAGAAUUUCCCAUUUUUCUCGGAAGAAGACAGUUCUAUGGGAGGGCAUGACUGAGAUACAGGAAAUUUUGACUUUGGAUCCUGAUUCGGCUCAUCCCAGUCUCACCAUUUCAGCUGACCAGAAAACUGUGAGCCGCAGGGAUGCUUGUCCAGCUUAUUGUAAUGAUUCUAGAAGAUUCUACCCCUCCUUCUGUGUGCUGGGUUCUGAGGGCUUCACAUGUGGCCGCCGCCACUGGCUUGUGGACGUGAAAGGCCAGUGUGGCUGGGCCCUGGGUGUAGCUCAAGAAUCUGUGGAUAGGAAGAAGCCAAUGGUACUAAGUCCAGAACAUGGAGUUUGGGCUGUGGAGCUGGGACCAUACCAGCUCCCUCAUGCAGCACCGAUCCCUGAGACAGAGGGGCAUACUCCAACCCGCAGACUUCAAGUCACCUUAGAUUAUGAUGCAGGGCGGGUGACAUUCUCUGACUUUCCUGACCCAAAACCUCUAUUCACCUUCAGGACCUCCUUCACAGAGAAGCUUUACCCUUUCUUCUGGCUGUGGUCCCCCAAGGCAUCUAUUGUGUUGUGUCCCUGAAAUACAAGGUUAUAAUCUGGCAGAUUUUUCUGAUUUGGAGGUUAUUCAGUUAUUAGAAAUGCCACUCUGCAUUUGUUGAUAUGCAUUUUUUUCAUUAAUAUAUCUACAAGCAGUGGUCCUCAGCUGGCUCAUUCAAACACACUGUGGGCCUGAGUCCUGAUAAAUCAAAUGUGAUGUCCAAACUAAAUGGAAUGAUGGAAGAUCUGCUGAUAGAUUUCCCACAAUGAAAAGCAAUCCUGAAAAUAGGAGAUAGUUUGAGUUACGGAAGGGGGUAACUCCGGACCAUGUAUUUUCCAUGCACAGUUAGUCCCUCCUUACAAAUUCACAACUGCUAUUAGCCCAAUUUGGAAAAAAUGUUAAGUAUAGGAACUUGUAUUUUUCCUUAUUAGCAGAAGGGAAUGGUUUUUUAUUAGAGAAACAACAUGGAGGAGAAAGGUUUAAUCCUCACCUGCUUUUUACCAUUAAAAUAAAUGUCAGAGGGUUCAGUCAAGGAUCUCCUCCAUAAUCAGUCAUUUGGCCUUUAGAGUUUUGAAGGUGUUGUUGUAUAACUUCUGUGCAACAUUGUGUUAGAGACCUGUGUAACUCAGAGGCUUCCAUAGAGAAUGAAACAUUAUUUGGGCAAUUACAUGUUUCCAAAUCUGUAAUUGCUCUAACAGUAUGAAUGCCAGAGCAAGGUGACUUGCAGGGACAUAUUGGCAGAAGAAAAAGUUCCUGUACUCGUUGUUUGCUCUCCAUAAAUCUCCUCCCUCGGAUGUUUUAGCUGUGCUUACUUUUAGUUUUGAAACAUGACUUUGGGAGAAAAUGUAAAACAGCUGUGGCGGAGGAAUUUGCAGGGAGAUUAGGUGGGCAUGGAGAUUAACAUUAAUCAAUAUUAGGCAUUUCCUCUCUACACCGUUUCCCCAACAAAUCCCCCCUCUCCUAUCCAGAGGAGUUAGCCGUGUUAGUCUGUAGUAGCAAAA